AUGGGCCCCAUAAAGAAAGGAUCCGAAGUCUCGCGAGCUGAGUGCAAAGCCAAGAAGCGCAAGCUCGAAGACGCCAUUCCCGAUAUUCCAGGAGAAGAUAUCGAGACGCCUGAUGAUGCGCCGAGCACAGAGAAAGCUUCCAAGAAGAGGAAGAGGAGUAAGGAGGAUGGCGAGGGGGUAGAUACCGAGGAGAGCGAGAGAAAGGCGAGGAAGAAGGAGAAGAAGGAGAAGAAAGGGAAGAAGGAUGAUGGCGAUAAGGAUGAGCAGCCCGAAGAACCUGCCGAACCAGCUGUAGAAAUGCAAGAUGAUGCUCCCCGCAAGUCGAAGAAAGAACGCAAGGCCGAGAGAAAGGCGCGGGAAGCUGCUGAGGCCAAGGAGAAUACAAAGGAAGCCGAGUCUUUAGACGCCGAACCGUCGAAAUCCAAUGGAGAUAACAACACCCCCGCCGCCGCCGCUGCAGAAAAGAAAUCGAAGAAGAGCAAUCCCAAUCGGGAGAAGAAGAAGGCGUCCAAAACGGACGGCGCGGCAGAUGGCGAGGCGAAUGGCGAGGUGAAAUCCAGGGCUUCGCGGUUUAUCGUUUUUAUUGGAAACCUCCCAUUCAGCGCAACUACCGAAUCAGUACGCAAGCAUUUCGCAUCCGUCAAACCAAUUUCCGUACGCCAUCUUACGCAGAAAGACGAUCCUGCGAAGUCGAAGGGCUGCGCGUUCAUCGAGUUCGACGGGUAUGAUCACAUGAAGACGUGUCUGAAGCUAUUCCACCACUCGAUGUUCGACGAUGGGAUAUCGGCGGCGCGGAAGAUUAACGUGGAGCUUACUGCUGGCGGAGGCGGGAAUACUAAAGAUCGAAAGGCGAAGAUCCAGAAUAAAAACCAGAAGCUGAACGAGCAGCGCGUCCGCAGGAUAAAAGAAGAAGAGAAGACGAAGAUGGGCAAGAGAGAGGCGGCACUUGACGAGAGUGGUAUCCAUCCGAGCAGGAGAGCUCAGAUGCCCAGUAUAGUAUAA